CUCUUCACUGAGCUGAGUCUGCUGAAGGAGUCGGUCAUGGAUCUGCUGCUGCUGAUCCUGCUGAGCCUCGCCGCCGCUCUUCUCGGAGGACUCUACCUCCUCGGCGCCUUUCGACAGCGGCGUCCCGGAGAACCUCCUCUGGAUAAAGGCCCCAUCCCCUGGCUCGGACAUGUUCUGGAGUUUCGCAGAGAUACAAACAAGUUCCUGGAGAGGAUGAGGAAGAAACACGGUGAUGUAUUCACCAUCCAGCUGGGAGGGUUUUAUUUCACAUUCCUGCAGGACCCGCUGUCAUUUGGAGCCUUCACUCAAGAGAGCCGGGAGAAACUGGACUUUGUCAUUUUUGCCAAACAGCUGGUACGGCAAGUCUUUGGUUUCAUUGAUACUAUCAAAGACGAUCUCAAAAUCCUGCAUGCAGCCAGCAACAAACACCUGAAGGGAGAAGGCCUGAAAGUCUUAACUGAAGCUAUGAUGAGUAACCUCCAGAAUGUGAUGCUGCAUAAACUGGGCUCAGACUCUGAUCGCAUGAGCUGGAACGAGGAUAGUCUCUUCAUGUACAGCUACAAUGUGGUCUUCAGGGCGGGAUACUUGGCGCUGUUUGGCAACGAGCCGCCGUCAGAAGGAGGAGAGGAAGAGGCCAAAGAGAAGGACCGAGUGGAGUCACAGGAUUUGUUCUCCGAAUUCCGCAAAUACGACCAGCUCUUCCCCGACCUGGCAUAUGGCGUCCUCCUCCCGAGGGAGCGGUGGGAGGCAGAGAGACUGAAAUCCCAUUUUUGGAAAGCUCUAUCAGUACAGAAGAUGAAGACCAAAGAGAACAUCAACGGCUGGAUUCGGGACUUGAAGCAGACUAAAGAGGAGAGCGGCAUGGAAGAGUCAAUGAUUGACAGGUAUAUGUUUGUACUUCUGUGGGCCUCACAGGGCAACACCGGGCCGUCCUCCUUCUGGGUGCUCCUCUUCCUCAUGAAACACCCAGAUGCCAUGGCAGCAGUGAAGGAGGAGGUGGACGAUCUCCUGAGACAGUCUGGACAGAGUGUCCAGCCUGGUGGGCCCUUGGUAGACCUGACCAGUGAGAUGCUGUUGAAGACCCCGAUCCUGGACAGCAUUGUGGAGGAGACCCUGCGUCUCACCGCUGCACCGCUCCUUACCCGUGGUGUGAAAGUGGACAUGACCAUAAAGAUGGCUGACGGACGCCAGUAUGCCAUCCGUAAAGGUGACAGGAUGGGUAUGUUUCCUUACAGAGUGCUUCAUCUUGACCCAGAGAUCCACCCGGACCCACAGUCCUUCAAAUACGACCGUUUCCUGAAUCCGGACGGCACCAGGAAAACUGACUUUUACAAAGGAGGAACCAAGUUGAAGUUUGCCACAAUGCCCUGGGGCGGUGGGGUGUCCAUGUGCCCCGGCCGAUUCUUUGCUGUCAAUGAGCUCAAACAGUUUGUCUUCCUCAUGUUGGUGUACUUUGAGUUUGAGCUGAAGAAUCCUGAUGAGGAGAUUCCCCAGAUCGACCACAAACGAUGGGGCUUCGGAUCCAUGCAGCCAAUCAGAGAUGUUCCAUUCAGAUACCGAUUCAGAUAUUAACACACCGCCAUCAUCUGUGACGGCCACCGUCAUGUAUGCUCAGCAUUCACGGUCACAUCCAGCCUGAGCAAAGGACAACAGGUCUCCACUUCCUCAUGCACAGAUCUACAGAUCCACUCAGCCAGAGGUGAUCAUGUUCAUAAAGCUGCACUGAGAGCAGCUGCUGUUAAAUUACUUUUUUUUUUCAGCAGGAAUGUCCUGUGCUGUCAUGUUUUUUCCAAAGCAUGAAGAGGAAUCAGCCCUGAAACAGCAUGUUGAUAAAUGACAGCCAACUAUGAUGUCUUAGAAAUGUGGGUCACAAGGGAAAGUUCAGGAGAGUAUUACGAUAUGUGUUGAUAUUGAAUCAAUCUGAGUGUGUACAGACAGCAAGGUCAUGAAAUCUUUGUUUCUUGAGAAGAAUGAUAAUUAAA